UUAAAUUCUCUCUCUGUCUCUCACUCUAUCCCUCCCGGAUCCCUCUCUCUCUUUCUCUCUCUCUCUUUCUAACUAGGGUUCUUGAGUUAUCAAUGGAGAGAGAAGAAUGCUGCAGCAGUGAAUCCGGUUGGACCACGUAUAUUUCUUCGCCUAUGGAAGAAGACGAGGAAGAGGUAAUUGAUGAGGUCUAUUAUGAAGGGCAUGACAUCGAUAAGGAUCGAAGAAAAUAUGCAAACGAAUACGAAAACAACAAAGACAGCGACGACUCAAUGGCUUCCGAUGCUUCUUCCGGGCCAAGUUAUCCCCAAACGAGCAAUAGAGGAAGACGGAGAGAAGGUAUCAUUUUAAGGAACAGGGAGAGUGAGAAUAAUAGUAAGAGUAAUGGGGUUUAUGAUCAUAAACAUGAUGAUAAGAAUAGUGGUAAUCAUAAAUGUAGGACAAAAGAGAAGAAAAAGGGUGACUACAAGAGUAGGUCUUAUAAAAAGAAGUAA